AUGGAGGCCAAUAUUGAGAAGGCUAAGACUCUUACCGAGCAAGACGCCAAUAUCAAAUCGGCAACGCUCAAUGACUUGGAGGUGGCUAAGGCAGAAGGGCAGACCGAGGAACUUCGAAAAGGCUUCGGGACACUGUCACUUGGCGCUUUAUGUCUGGCCUUGAUGGCAACGUGGGAAGCUGUUACCUCCGUUGUAGCAGCCGCACUCACCAACGGUGGCGCACCUUGUUUAUUUUACAACUACCUCAUAAGUUUCAUUGGCUCCGUCGCAAUUGCAGCUUCGCUUGGAGAGAUUGCUAGCAUCGUUCCGACAGCAGGAGGGCAAUAUCAUUGGGUUUAUGCUGUGGCUUUCCCGAGGCAAAAGCGUGUUGCGAGUUGGAUCACUGGGUGGAUAAGCAUCGGUGGCCAAAUAGUGUUAACGGCUUCAGCAGCGUUUGCUGCUGGGCUGCAGUUUCAGGCCCUUAUCACAUUAAACCACCCCGAAACAUAUAUACCAGAAAGAUGGCAAGGGAUGUUGUUCUACUGGCUGGUGCUUGGGUAUGCCGCCGCGGUCAAUAUAUGGGGAUCCAAAAUAUUACCGCAUACCAAUCUAGCAGCCGGAACUUUUCAUGUAGCUGGGCUUGCGGCUUUUUUGAUCGUUCUUGGGGUCAUGGCUCCCAAACAUGAUGCGCAUUAUGUGUUUUUAAAAUUCAGCAACACGAGUGGGUGGUCAAACGAUGGCAUUUCGUGGCUGGUUGGCUUACUCAGUGCCGUGUAUCCUUUCUUGGGAUACGAUGCUGCAUGUCAUCUAUCUGAAGAAAUGCCCGAUCCAGCGAGAAACGUCCCAGUCGCCAUGGUUGGAAGUGUGGUUGUCAACGGCAUCCUCGGGCUUGCGUGGGCUGUUAUGUUGUUGUUUUGCUUGGGAGAUUUGGAAAGCUUACUCACUUCGAAGACUGGCUUCCCUUUCAUGCAAUUGUUUCUCGAGGUCACCAAGAGUCCAAUUAGCGCCACAAUGAUGACGUUGGCUAUAAACCUUACAGCUGUUUUUGCAAAUUCUGCUGGCUUGACGUCCACCUCACGAACGUACUGGGCGUUUGCAAGGGACAAUGCCGCUCCUUUUUCAGCUUACUUUGCGGAGGUCAAUCCAAGUUUACAAAUUCCCGUCAGGGCGGUAAUAUUGGUUACAGCAUUAGAGAUGUGCCUGGGAUUGAUAUACCUCGGCAAUAGCACUGCAUUUAACGCUAUUCUUUCCAUGGCUGUGCUCGGAAUGUACACCUCAUACCUCCUUCCCAUCUUGUACAUGGCUGGCCACGGACGGCUAUCCUUUCGAGACGACGAAUUCGGUCCUUGGAAGAUGGGUCGGAGAACUGGCCUACUCGUUAACAUUGUUGCUAUCGCCUGGUUGUUGCUAGCCAUCGUGUUCUGUGCGUUUCCAGGUGUAAACCCAGUCACAGAACAAAAUAUGAACUACUCCACCGUGGUACUCGGCGGUUGGGCGCUGUUUGGUAUUGCAUUUUUCCUUCUGUCUGGUAGGCAUUACUACUCAGGGCCUGUCAUGGUGGACAGCUAG